GGAUCUGGUAAGAGGAUGAGGAGGACGAUGCUGUGGCUGCUGGCCUCUCUGGCCUUUGGAUCUCUCUCUUCUCUCGCUGAUGGAGCUCCACUGCAGGUGAUGUCUGCCCCCAACCUGUUGCGUGUAGGAACAGCAGAAAACAUCUUUGUGGAGUGUCAGGACUGCACAGGAGCAGACAUUAGUGUGGAUAUCAGCGUGAUGAACCAUCCGACUAAAAACAACAGGCUUGUACUCAAACAUGUAAUCCUUAACACUGGAAAUAACUUUCAGGCGCUUGGGCAAAUUACGGUCCCUGUUGGAGACUUCAGUCGGGAUCCAAACAUGAAGCAGUAUGUGUACCUGCAGGCUCAGUUCCCUGACCGCCUGCUGGAGAAAGUAGUCCUAGUUUCAUUCCAGUCUGGGUACAUCUUCAUCCAGACUGACAAGACGCUCUAUACCCCCGACAGUAAAGUUCAUUACAGAAUGUUUGCAGUGACGCCCAAAAUGGAGCCGGUAGAGAGGGAUGAAGAUACCGCAACUGAUGCUUCAAUUGCCAUUGAGUUUGUGACACCUGAAGGCAUGAUUUUACCACUUGAUCCAGUCUCUCUGAAAUCAGGGAUCCACUCCGGAGAUUACCAGCUGGCAGAAAUUGUCAGUCCAGGACUGUGGAAGGUGGUUGCAAAGUUUCACAGCAACCCACAGCAGAGCUACUCCGCUGAGUUUGAGGUCAAAGAAUAUGUGCUGCCCAGUUUCGAGGUCAAACUGAUUCCUGUGAGCCCCUUUUUUUACGUGGACAACCAAGAGUUCACCGUCGACAUCAAAGCUACGUACCUGUUUGGUCAAGAAGUGGAUGGGACGGCCUACGUGGUGUUUGGUGUUAUGCAAGAUGGUCAAAAGAGGAGCUUUCCAAGUUCUCUUCAGAGAGUGCCGAUCCAGGGAGGUAACGGAUUGGUUACUCUGAGGAGGGAGCACAUCACACAGACCUUCAACAACAUUAUUGAACUUGUGGGAAGCUCCAUAUUUGUAGCAGUCAGCGUGCUUACAGAGAGCGGUGGUGAAAUGGUGGAGGCAGAGCUGAGAAGUAUCCAGAUUGUCACAUCACCUUACACCAUCACCUUCAAGAAAACGCCAAAGUUUUACAAACCAGGGAUGUCCUUUGAUGUUUCGGUUGAAGUUGUGAAUCCUGAUGGCACUCCAGCAAGAGGUGUUUCAGUGGUGGUCGAUCCAGGUCAGGUGCAGGGCUUCACCGUAGCUAAUGGCAUGGCACGGCUAUCCAUCAAUACAGCGGCCAGGACCAGCAGACUGUCAAUUACUGCAAGAACCAAUGAUCCACAUAUCUCCCAUGAAAGACAGGCAACAGCCACCAUGACAGCUGCACCGUAUACCACCAACAGCAACAACUACAUCCACAUAGGUGUGGAUGCAGCUGAGCUGGAAGUAGGAGAAAAUCUUAAAAUUAAUCUUAACCUAAACAGGCAGGAAAACGCACGAAGUGAUAUCACAUACCUGGUCCUCAGCAGAGGUCAGCUGGUGAAAAAUGGCCGAUUCCAUUCAAUAGGUCAGGUGCUGAUUUCCCUGAUAAUCCCUAUCACCAAAGAAAUGCUGCCAUCGUUCCGCAUCCUAGCCUACUACCACACAAAUGAUAAUGAAGUGGUGUCCGACUCUGUUUGGGUGGAUGUCAAGGACUCCUGCAUGGGCUCGCUGAGGCUGGAAUCAUCGAGACCCGCUCCAUCCUUUGAGCCUCGCAGGAUGUUUGGUCUGAAGGUAACAGGAGACCCAGGGGCCACAGUGGGACUGGUGGCAGUGGACAAAGGCGUCUAUGUCCUGAACAACAAGCACCGCCUCACCCAGAAGAAGGUGUGGGACAUUGUAGAGAAAUCUGACACAGGCUGCACACCAGGUGGAGGAAAAGACGGUAUGGGUGUGUUCUAUGAUGCAGGGCUGUUGUUUGAGUCCAACGCUGCUUCUGGGACUCCCUACAGACAAGAAUUAAAAUGUCCCGGCCCCAGCAGGAGGAGAAGAGCCACUUCUAUAACGGAUGUCACAACCAGCUUAGUGAGCCAAUACAAAGACGAACUACAAAGCCAAUGUUGUCGGGAUGGCUUGACGGACUUCCCAGUUUCAUGCAGUUGUGAGAGGCGCAGUGAGUACGUUGUGGACAGUCAAACAUGUGUCGAUGCCUUCCUGCACUGCUGCAGGGAGAUGGAAAACCAGCGGACAGAAAAGAAGGAAGAAAAUCUCCAACUGGCUCGAACUGGGGAGGAUGACAACAGCUACAUGGAUAGCAAUAAAAUUGUGUCUCGCACCAAGUUCCCUGAGAGUUGGCUUUGGUUGGAUAUCAAUCUUCCUGCUUGCCCAAGACAAAACCCUAACUGUGACACCACAUCAUCUGUGAAAAAUGUUCCUUUGCAAGAUUCAAUCACAACCUGGCAGUUCACCGGCAUCAGUCUGUCCAGAACUCACGGAAUCUGCGUUGGCGAGCCUUUUGAAGUAAUUGUACGGAAAGAUUUCUUCAUUGACCUCAGGCUGCCCUAUUCUGCCGUCCGAGGAGAGCAGCUGGAGGUCAAAGCAAUCCUCCACAACUACAGCCCAGAUACUGCCACAGUGCGUGUGGAUCUGAUUGAGGAGGAGAAUGUGUGCAGUUCAGCCUCCAAACACGGACGGUAUCGUCAGGAGGUCACAGUUUAUCCUCAGAGUACACAAUCAGUAACCUUCAUCAUUAUUCCCAUGAAGGAAGGAUUGUACGGGAUCGAGGUCAAAGCAGCUGUGAAAAACUCGUCCCUCAAUGAUGGAAUCAUGAGGAAGUUACGUGUCGUGCCUGAAGGUGUACUUGUCAAAUCUCCUCAGACUGUAACUCUAGACCCAACAACUAAAGGUGUAGAUGGCAAACAGGAAGUAAUAUUGAACAGUGGGAUUCCUAAGAAGGAUUUGGUUCCAAACGCACCGACUAGCUCUCAGAUCUCUGUGACAGGAAGAGAAGAAAUUUCUGCACUGGUGGAAAACGCCAUUAGUGGGAACUCAAUGGGGACUCUGAUCUAUCAGCCCUCUGGCUGUGGAGAGGUGAACAUGAUCCACAUGACCCUGCCCGUCAUAGCCACCACAUACCUGGACAAAACCAACCAGUGGGAAACUGUGGGCUUUCAGAAACGUAACGAAGCUCUCCAACACAUCAUGUUUGGCUAUCAGAAACAACUGACCUACCGUAAAACUGAUGGGUCUUUUGCUGUGUGGGCCAAUCGCCAAAGCAGCACCUGGUUGACAGCUUACGUUGCCAAGGUGUUGGCCAUGACAAACAAUCUGGUGGCGAUGGAAAAAUACGUGAUCUGUGACGCUAUCAAGUUCCUGAUUCUCAAUACACAGCAGACAGACGGCAUGUUUAGAGAAGUUGGAAGGGUGUCCAAUGGAGAGAUGAUUGGUGACGUGCGCGGCAUGGAUUCUGACGCCUCCAUGACGGCCUUCUGCCUCAUCACCAUGCAGGAGUCCCGUUCACUGUGUUCUGACACUGUUAAUAGUCUGCCAGACAGCAUAGACAAAGCAUUGACCUACCUGGAGAAUCGUCUGCCCACCCUUACCAACCCAUAUGCAGUUGCCAUGACAUCAUACGCCCUGGCCAAUUCAAACAAACUGAACAAAGAGAUCCUUUACAACUUUGCUUCCCCAGAGUUGUCCCACUGGCCAUCGGCAAAGGGACACAUAUACACACUGGAGGCCACAGCUUACGCUCUCCUCGCUCUUGUGAAGACCAAGGCCUUUGAAGAUGCCAGACCUGUUGUCAGAUGGUUCAACAAACAGCAGAAGGUGGGCGGAGGUUAUGGAUCAACUCAGGCUACCAUUAUGGUGUACCAGGCUGUAUCUGAGUACUGGGCCAGUGCUAAAGAACCAGAAUAUGAUCUGAAUGUGGACAUCUUGUUGCCGGGCAGAUCAAAGCCUGACAAAUACAACUUUAACAGGGACAACAGCUACGCCACGAGAACGUCCAAAUUCAACGAUAUCAAUCAGAACGUGACUGUGUCCGCCACAGGCACAGGAGAGGCGACAGUUAAGAUGGUGUCGCUGUACUACGCUCUGCCAACAGAGAAGGCGAGUGACUGUCAGAAGUAUAACAUGUCAGUGCAGCUCCUCCCAGAGUAUAUGGGUGAAGAUGAGAAGAUAUACAGGCUGAUAAUAGAGGUCUUGUACAAAGACACAGAGCGCGAUGCGACCAUGUCAAUCCUGGAUAUUGGCUUGCUAACUGGCUUCACCGCAAACACACAAGACUUGGACUUAUUUUCCAAAGGACGUGCCCGCACCAUAGCCAAAUAUGAGAUGAACACAGUCCUGUCGGAAAGAGGCUCUCUCAUCAUCUACCUGGACAAGGUUUCUCACACUCGGCCAGAAGAGAUCUCAUUUAGGGUUCAUCAGAAGUUGAAAGUUGGAGUCAUGCAACCAGCUGCUGUGUCUGUCUAUGAAUACUACGACCAAACAAGUUGUGUGAAGUUUUACCACCCAGAGAGGAGAGCUGGACAGCUCUGCUGAAAUGAUGAAUGCACAUGUGCUGAAGGUAAACAAAACACAAUGAUCUGAUUGGGAAUAUUUGAAUUAGGCAAAUUUGUAAAUAAGACAAGUCUGUGAAUAAGAUUAAAACAUGUAGCAGUAAACAAACAUUUAGGUCCAGUCAAUUCAAAUAAAGAUAAAUUCAAGAAUAUUGAUUUCAGUCUCCAUUGAGUAAUACCCUCUCUUAAACUCCCUCUGUUGCACAUCAUUUAGUGGUAUGUUGCCAUUUUUUUCCCUAGGAUGGUAAAGGCAUGACCCGCUCUAUUCUGUAAUUGGCUAGUAGCUUAUGUGACACGUUAAAAAGUAAUGCACUUACAGUUAAGAAUAAAACACAGAGUUCAUGAUCUGUUACAGGGUUAAAUAAUUGAUUGUGGAUAAAAACAUUGCAUAGUCACAAGAAGUUAUAUAGAGAGUGAUUAAAAAGUAUAAAUAAGUUAAAAUGCUUAAAUAUCAGUUUUAUGUUAAAAGAAAAGGUUAACGAUGCUAAAAGAAUGUUUAAUAGACACGAUUUAGUUCAUUCUUUAUUGUUAAAAGUAAGAUUUGUUGAUGCGUAUCUGUGAUCUACUGACUUGUCUGCGUUAGCCCAUCUGGGAGCGAUUGUUGUUUUGUCUCCACCCACAUACCAGGAGAAAUCGUGGUGUUUUCCUCAUUACACUAAACGCUGUUUAUGAGGAAACACAACUGAAUCACUCUCGUGAUUAUUUCUCUCCUUAUUCAGGUAUGUUUAUGGUCAUAAACACAGCUAACAUGUCCAAAAUAACUUACUAACAAGUGAAGAGUUUCAUGACUAAGUAAUUUCGAUGUUUGAGUAAGUUUAAAGUUAAGUUUCAGAACAGUAAGUUUGCUAGCAUACGAGCCCGUGCUCGGAGCCACUGCACAACCCGUAGCUGUGCCGCAGCGUAUUCUGUGUGUAGUCUUCUGUUUCACAGGAGUGAGGAUGUGUUUAAUUUUUUUCAUUGUCUUAUGUAGUUGGACUCAUGCACUUUUAUUAGCUAAAUAUGAGUUUAAGACUUAGAUAUUUGAUGCUUAAAAGAAAUGUGAGGAAAAGAUUUAAUGCAGGAAAAUACUGUUUGUUAUUGUUUGUAAAAGGAAAAGGUGUAUAUCCUACCUCCACCUCUAUUCAUUCUGAAAUGUGAAAGCUGUUGUAAAUGUGUACUUUUGUACAUUGUUAUAUUUCUGUAAACAUGUAAUUGAUUACACUAAAUGCUCUU